UCCGGUUCAGCUCCGCUUCCGGUUUCGGUUUCCCCUCUGUUUGGGGAGAGAGAGGUUUAAUUUGUUUGUUUGUCGGUCUGUCUGUCUGUCUGCUUUUUUGUCUGUCUAUCUGUCUGUCUGUCUGUCUGUUGGAAAUGAAUGGGGAUGAAAGCGGAGAGAGUAACCCGGAGCCGGAGGAGUUUAUAGCGUUAGAGGACUUUACCGGCAGCGGAGCAGAGCAGCUCAGUUUUGCAGUUGGAGACCGGAUCCUGAUCCAUGAUCAGAGCUGUGCUGAUUGGUGGUGGGCGGAGGUGGAGGGCCGUUAUGGGUAUGUACCCUCCGGCUACCUGCACCACCCGGAUGCUGAGGUGGAGGACGGCUGGCAGGAUGAGGAGUAUUUUGGAAGUUAUGGAACUUUGAAACUUCACCUGGAGAUGCUGUCGGACAGACCACGUACAGAGACGUACCGGCAGGUCAUCCUGAGCAACAGCACCGCCCUGAGGGGGAAAGUGGUGAUGGAUCUGGGCUGCGGCACCGGCAUCAUCAGUCUGUUCUGUGGGCGUCUAGCAGAACCUGCAGCGGUAUAUGCAGUGGAGGCGAGUGCGGUGGCUGAACACACGGAGAGACUGGUGAAGCUGAAUGGCUGUGAGGGAGUGGUGACCCUGUUUAAAUCCAGAGCAGAAGAACUGAACCUGCCUUCAAAAGUGGACGUUCUGGUGUCUGAAUGGAUGGGAAACUGUCUACUGUUUGAGUUUAUGGUGGAGUCGGUGCUGUGUGUACGGGACCGCUGGCUGAAGGAAGGGGGGAUGAUGUGGCCUUCCUCUGCCACUCUGAGCCUCGUACCGUGCCAGGCCGACGACGACUACAGUCAGAAAGUGGAAUUCUGGGAGAAUCUAUAUGGCCUGGACUACAGCUGCCUUCAGCCAGUUGCACAAGAAGAGUUUUUCUCCAAACCGAAAUUCAGCCACCAACUCAAACCCGAGGACUGUCUCUCCACCCCCUGUGAUGUCAUCACUCUGGACAUGCACACAGUGAAGGUGUCUGACCUUGAGAAGCUGAGAGGAGAGUUCCAGUUCACAGUGGAGAGGCGUGGAACGCUGCACGGGUUCAGCGCCUGGUUCAGCACCUUUUUCCAGAGUUUAGAUGAAGGAGGACCAACACUGGAGCUCAACACGGGACCACAUUCUGAGCCGACCCACUGGAAACAGACCCUGUUUAUGCUAGACGCACCAAUCCCAGUGGAGGAGGGAGACUGUGUGGGCGGAGCCAUCAUCCUGCACAGGAACCCUGUUUGGAGGCGGCAUAUGUCCAUCACCAUAGAGUGGAGAAAAAAGAGCAGAAAUGAGGCAGCGUUCUCUGAGGUGAAGUCUAAGCGGUUUCCCAUGUGGAGGUGACCCUCCGCUGCCGGCUCAAAAACCAGCGCAACUCAGCAUCUCUCUGCUGUCCAGAAACACUAAGCACUACGAUCUGGUUUACAUAGUUUAACAUUUACGUUCUAGAAAGAACAUGUUUACACUGAUGCACAACUAAAGAACUGACAAGAACAGGUACAUAGCAAUCAUUAGCUUUCACCUUUCACUACUUUUCUACUGUACAGUUAUUUCUGCUGACAGUAGUGAUAUUAAUACAGUUUUUUUGAGUAUGUGAACACAUGAUGAUACUACAUUAUUUUCUAUAUGGUAAGAAUCUUUAAUUUAGUUAUUUCUUAUAUUUUAAGGUGCCAGUCCAAGUGUGUGUUUUACAAGUGUGUUUACAAAGACAACUACACAGUAUCUUUUUUUUAGAUAUAUAAAAAACUCUAAGAUUUUCUAAUGUUUUUAUUAAGACUCUAGUUUGAGAAAAUCCAGUACUACAUGACAGCUGUAAAGAUGCUAAUCUGAAUAUAACAUUUUUACAAUCAACACAAACAUAAACUCAAACAAACUAAUAAACACUGGAAUUAUUUUCUGA